AUGGGCGCUAAACUCCUGCGAAGGCGGCACGUGGCGGUCGGAAGUAAGUGCUUGGGAUUCUCGAGACGCAACCGUGACGUGACCGAACCCUCGGAGCGGAUCAAGGCGGCCGCCGCCCGCCGUCAUGCAGCGCACUGCACAAUGAAGGCAGACUACAGAAGACCGCAGCCCCGGCGGCAGAGUAUGCGCUGGAGGCCUAAGAGCCACCGACUCGCGCUCCCCGCUCCCGGCGGGGAUCUGAACAAACACGAUGACGUGGCAGCUCAGCAAGCACCGCAGAUCGACGAACAUGAGGGCGCCAUUCAGGAGAUCGAUGGACCAGAGCCAAUGGCAAUUGACUACUACGGAGGUGAACCAAACCGAAAUCCGGGUUAUGAUGAACAAAACCAAACGCCGAAACCUAGCGUCGUCAUUCCCUGGAUCUUCAAGGAGGUUGCCGCGUUAGAGGGCCGGCUCGUACUAUCAUACAAGAGGGACAUAAGCAUUUUGGGUCUGUUCCAAAGCAUGCCGGAAGAGAACAGACAGCAGCGCGUCACGAUGCGCACGACCCAGUACCCCGCCUUUGCGGAGGCGCUUCUACAGUCUUGGCUUCACGAGGGGGGGGAGAGCUUCAAAGACGUUUUUUGUGAACAAACCUGGGGGGCAGUCGCCGGGUAUCUUCCUGCUGACGCUAUUCCCCCGAAAGAUGUGCCAGAGAUUGAGCUCUUUCUUGAGGAGUUUCUGGGCGGGAAGGAGUUUGGACUCUCGACGACGGUCACAGUGGGAGGGCGCUGCGGGGAUCAGCUGGUACCAACCGUCUUUCGGGCGUUCUCAGACAAGGUCCGUACCGCCCAAGUGCAGAACCUCCACGUGAAGACCAUCCUACGCGCGCAGAACUUCUUGUAUCACCUCGUCAAGGGGUACAGUCUGUCGCCGGAAAGGAGUAUGCUAACCCAUCCCGAGUGGACCGGUUCGUUCGUAGUUUCCGGGCGCCAUUGGGAACUGCGGGAUAAGUACGCGGGGCUCUACAGCGAAUUUGAGACGGCAGUGAACAAAGGCUGUGGGGCGAAGCAAGAGGCGGACCGUGCAAAGGGGGAGACGGAAAUGCAGCUCAAGGGGGGUUUUAGGCAGAGUCUGAUGCAGCGGGCGCCGUGGGGGCCGGGGCAGAACUAG